AACCCCCCUCGGGAAAAGGAUGGCGGCGGCACCUACCCAGAUAGAAGCCGAGCUGUAUUACCUGAUCGCUAGGUUCUUGCAGUCCGGACCCUGCAACAAAUCCGCUCAGGUGCUAGUGCAGGAGCUCGAGGAGCAUCAGCUGAUUCCACGCCGCUUGGACUGGGAGGGGAAAGAGCACCGAAGAAGCUUCGAGGAUCUGGUAGCAGCCAAUGCACACAUUCCUCCAGACUACCUCCUUAAAAUUUGUGAGAGAAUUGGUCCUUUGCUAGAUAAGGAGAUCCCUCAGAGUGUUCCUGGGGUACAGACCUUACUAGGUGUUGGUCGGCAGUCUCUGUUACGAGAUGCCAAAGACUGUAAGAGUACACUAUGGAAUGGGUCUGCUUUCGCAGCUCUGCAUAGAGGCAGACCUCCAGAACUACCUGUAAAUUACGUGAAACCUCCAAAUGUGGUGAAUAUCACUUCUGCCAGGCAAUUAACCGGAUGUAGUCGCUUCAGCCAUAUUUUCCCUUCAUCUGCUUACCAGCAUAUUAAGAUGCAUAAGAGAAUUCUGGGGCACUUGUCUUCUGUCUACUGUGUAGCAUUUGACCGAAGUGGGAGAAGAAUUUUUACAGGGUCAGAUGACUGUUUGGUGAAAAUUUGGGCCACAGAUGAUGGACGCCUACUUGCUACACUUCGAGGGCACUCUGCUGAAAUAUCUGACAUGGCUGUUAACUAUGAAAAUACACUCAUUGCUGCAGGCAGCUGUGAUAAAGUUGUCAGAGUAUGGUGUCUUCGAACCUGUGCACCAGUUGCUGUCCUUCAGGGACAUUCAGCUUCUAUUACUUCCAUACAGUUUUGUCCAUCAACUAAAGGCACAACAAGAUACCUCACUUCUACUGGUGCUGAUGGAACAAUCUGUUUCUGGCAAUGGCAUGUAAAAACAAUGAAGUUUAGAGAUCGCCCAUUGAAAUUUACUGAGAGAUCCAGACCUGGAGUUCAAAUAUCUUGUUCAUCUUUUAGUUCUGGUGGUAUGUUCAUUACAACAGGUAGCACUGACCAUGUGAUUAGAAUUUAUUAUUUGGGAUCUGAAAUCCCAGAGAAAAUUGCUGAAUUAGAAUCACAUACGGACAAAGUUGUUGCUGUUCAGUUUUGUAACAAUGGAGACAGUUUAAGAUUUGUUAGUGGAAGCAGAGAUGGAACAGCAAGAAUUUGGCAAUAUGAGCAACAAGAAUGGAAGAGUAUAGUGCUAGAUAUGGCUACUAAAAUGAGUAGGAAUAAUGUGCCAUCUGGAGAAGACAAAGUCACUAAACUAAAGGUGACUAUGGUAGCCUGGGAUCGCUAUGACACUACAGUUAUUACUGCAGUGAACAAUUUCCUCUUGAAAGUUUGGAAUUCUUUCACAGGGCAGCUUCUUCAUUCUUUAUCUGGACAUGAUGAUGAAGUAUUUGUUUUAGAAGCACAUCCAUUUGAUCAAAGAAUCUUACUUUCAGCGGGUCAUGAUGGCAACAUUUUUAUUUGGGACCUUGACCGGGGGACCAAAAUUCGGAAUUAUUUUAACAUGAUUGAAGGCCAAGGCCAUGGUGCAGUUUUUGAUUGUAAAUUUUCACCAGAUGGAAACCAUUUUGCCUGUACAGAUUCUCAUGGGCAUUUGCUGCUUUUUGGUUUUGGAUGCAGUAAUUACUAUGAAAAGAUUCCAGAUCAGAUGUUUUUCCAUACGGAUUAUCGACCUCUUAUCCGUGAUGCCAAUAAUUAUGUAUUGGAUGAACAAACCCAGCAAGCUCCUCACCUCAUGCCUCCUCCAUUCUUGGUGGAUGUUGAUGGAAAUCCUCACCCCACAAAAUUUCAACGCCUAGUACCAGGACGGGAAAAUUGUAAAGAUGAACAACUUAUACCACAGCUGGGAUAUGUGGCUAAUGGUGAUGGGGAGGUGGUAGAACAGGUAAUUGGACAGCAAACCAGUGACCAAGAAGAGAGCAUUCUUGAUGGGAUAAUCAGGGAGCUACAGAGAGAACAAGAUUUGAGACUAAUUAAUCAAGGAGAUGUUCCAAAUCUUCCAGUUAGUAGAUCAUACUCUCCUAAUGGUGCUCUGAGAAGUCCAAAUAUGGACAUGUCAUCCCCAAAUAUUGGGCUGCGACGUAGUGGUCAAAUUGAAGGUGUUCGGCAAAUGCACAACAAUGCUCCUCGUAGCCAAAUAGCCACUGAACGAGAUCUCAUGGCAUGGAGCAGAAGAGUGGUGGUCAAUGAAUUAAAUAAUGGAGUUAGUAGGUUACAGGAAGAAUGUCGAAUUGCAAAAGGUGACAUGGAAAUCAGUCUUUAUACAGUUGAGAAGAAGAAAAAGCCAUUAUAUACUACCCAAAGAAAUGAUUGUCAGCCUACGUGUGGGCGCUCUUUGCGAAGGACACAACGCAAGCGUCAGCAUACUUAUCAAACACGGUCCAACAUUGAGCAUAAUUCACAUGCAUCGUGUCAAAAUUCUAGUGUACAGGAUGAUUUGGACAGCUCCUCAGAGGAAGAUGAAACUGUUGGCACAAGUGAUGCUUCUGUAGAGGAUCCUGUUAUUGAAUGGCAAAGUGAAAGUUCUUCCAGUGAUUCAUCAAGUGACUAUUCUGAUUGGACAGCAGAUGCUGGAAUAAAUUUACAACCUCCAAAAAGACAGACCAGACAGGCAACACGGAAAAUAUGCAGCAGCUCUGAAGAAGAGAAUUUGAAGUCACCAGAUGAUAGGCAAAAGAAACCUAAGCAGACUAGAAAGAAGAAAGGAGGAAUGGUUUCUAUGGCAGGUGAGCCCAGUGAAGAAUGGUUUGCCCCUCAGUGGAUUUUGGAUACCAUACCACGCCGUUCCCCAUUUGUCCCACAAAUGGGAGAUGAGCUUAUUUAUUUUAGGCAAGGACAUGAAGCUUAUGUACGGGCUGUAAGAAAGUCAAAAAUAUAUAGCGUUAAUUUACAAAAACAGCCAUGGAAUAAAAUGGAUCUCAGGGAACAAGAAUUCGUUAAGAUUGUAGGAAUCAAAUACGAGGUUGGACCACCUACACUAUGUUGCUUGAAGCUUGCAUUUCUGGAUCCCAUUUCAGGCAAAAUGACUGGAGAGUCUUUUUCCAUUAAGUAUCAUGACAUGCCAGAUGUCAUUGAUUUCCUUGUGCUACAUCAGUUUUAUAAUGAAGCCAAAGAAAGGAACUGGCAAAUUGGUGAUAAAUUCCGCAGUAUAAUUGAUGAUGCCUGGUGGUUUGGAACUGUGGAGAGUCAGCAGCCUUUUCAACCAGAAUAUCCUGAUAGUUCUUUCCAGUGUUACAGUGUUCACUGGGACAAUAAUGAGAGAGAAAAGAUGAGCCCCUGGGAUAUGGAACCAAUUCCGGAAGGAACUGCCUUUCCAGAUGAAGUUGGUGCAGGUGUUCCUGUGUCUCAGGAGGAACUGACUGCUUUGCUAUAUAAACCCCAGGAAGGAGAAUGGGGGGCUCAUUCCAGAGAUGAGGAAUGUGAACGAGUUAUUCAGGGCAUCAACCACCUUCUUUCUCUGGAUUUUGCCAGCCCCUUUGCUGUUCCAGUGGAUCUCAGUGCCUACCCCUUAUAUUGUACUGUAGUUGCUUAUCCAACUGACCUCAAUACCAUCAGGCGGAGACUUGAAAAUCGAUUUUACAGGAGAAUAUCAGCUUUAAUGUGGGAGGUACGCUACAUUGAACAUAAUGCUAGGACUUUCAAUGAGCCAGACAGUCCUAUAGUUAAAGCAGCCAAAAUUGUAACUGACGUCUUACUUCGAUUUAUUGGGGAUCAAAGUUGUACUGAUAUACUCGAUACUUACAAUAAAAUUAAAGCAGAAGAACUAAACAGUACAGAUGCAGAAGAGGAUACAGAAAUUAUUGACUUAGAUUCAGAUGGUCCUGGUACAUCAUCUGGUAGAAGGGUCAAAUGCCGAGGCAGAAGACAGUCUGUAAGGUGUAAUCCUGAUGCUUGGAAAAAACAGUGCAAAGAACUAUUGAGCCUCAUUUAUGAACGGGAAGAUUCAGAGCCAUUUCGACAACCUGCAGAUUCCGUUUCUUACUCAGCCCAUCAAGAACAAGAGGGAGAAUCCUCAGAACUCACUGUUCCAGAAAGACAACACGAUCCAUCUGUUUCUGAGGAUCACCAAAGUGUUAUAGAAACACGUAUGGACUUCAGCACUGUGAAAGAAAUUUUGGAAGCAGGAAACUAUGUCAGUCCUCUAGAGUUUUGUAAGGAUGUUCGCCAAAUAUUCAGCAACUCCAAAGCUUAUACCUCUAAUAAGAAAUCAAGGCUCUAUGGCAUGACACUGCGAUUAUCUGCCUUAUUUGAAAAUCAUAUUAAAAAUAUAAUUUCUGAGUAUAAGUCAGCAAUCCAGAAUCAGAAGAGGAGAAGGCCACGGUACAGAAAACGUCUAAGAAGCAGCAGCAGUUCAUUAUCUAGUAGCAGAGAUCCUAGUCCAAAAGGGAAACAGAAACAAAUGAAGUUGCAGCCUAAAAAUGACCAGAAUACCUCAGUGUCUUAUGCUAGGAAUAGUUCUCCUUUUUCAUCUCCUGUUUCAGAUGCUGCUGAAGGAAUUUCACAAUAUCUCCUUGAUGAUGAAGUGGAUGGGCCAUUUUCUUCAUCAAGCUUCAGUGGAUAUAGCCAAAGUGGAAAUACCCAUGACCCAGGGAAAGCCAAAUCAUUUCGGAAUAGAAUUUUACCAGUUAAACAAGAUCACUCGCUUGAUGGACCUAUUACAAAUGGUGAUGGCAGAGAGCCCCGGACAGGAAUCAAGAGAAAACUACUUAGUGCAUCGGAAGAAGAUGAAAGCAUGGGAGGAGAAGAGAAAGAGAAUAAAGAAACAAAGGAGAAAUCACAUUUAUCCUCUUCAGAGAGUGGAGGGUUAGGAUCCAGUUUAAGUUCAGAAAGUGCUUGUGGUUCUGAUUCUGACUCUGAAUCAACUUCCAGAACAGAUCAAGAUUAUGUAGAUGGAGAUCAUGACUAUAGCAAAUUCAUACAAACAAGACCAAAAAGAAAACUCAGAAAACAACAUGCCAAUGGAAAAAGAAACUGGAAGAUGAGAGGCACUGGAGGAAGAGGCAGAUGGGGAAGAUGGGGUAGAUGGAGUAGAGGAGGCAGAGGAAGAGGAGGCAGGGGACGAGGGGGGCGAGGAAGAGGUGGAGGUGGCGCAAGAGGAAGAGGAAGAGGGAGAGGAGGAAGAGGUGCCUCUAGAGGAGCCACCAGAGCCAAACGAGCACGUAUUACAGAUGAUGAAUUUGAUGCCAUGUUUUCAGGACGUUUCAGUAGACUGCCUCGAAUUAAAACGAGAAACCAAGGCAGGAGGACUGUUUUAUAUAAUGAUGAUUCUGAUAAUGACAAUUUUGUGUCCACCGAGGAUCCUCUGAAUCUUGGUACAUCCAGAUCAGGCAGAGUGCGUAAAAUGACAGAAAAAGCCAGGGUUAGCCAUCUCAUGGGAUGGAAUUAUUAACAAUUAAUAAAUUUAGAAUAAUUUAAAAUUCAAUGGCCUUCUACUGCAGGGAAUUUACUACCAGGAAAUCUACAAAGCAAGUUGUGUGGGGACUUAUGCUUCCUUUCACAUUGGUGCUUUUCCAUUAUGCCAGUAUAUAUUUGUUUCAAGACUGAUCUCCACACUUCAUUUGUUCAAACAAGCCUUACUCAUUAGGCCUUAAAUUAAAAGAAAUUCUGCCCAUACACAUGCGCGAGCACACAGACAGAUAAUACACACAUACACACAUGCGCGCAUGCACAUACAACACAAUCGCACUACAGAUUUACUCCAUCAAAGGAGCAUUCUGCUUCUUAAGAGUAGCAUGACAUUUUUAUCUCAAUGGAAUAUCCUUCUUUUGCUUUUGUAUCACAGAAGUAUAGCACCUUCUUACAGAGUUUUAUAUAGUUUGUUUUUGCCAUUUUGAUUCCUAUACCCAGUAAUAAUAACUUUUGCACAAUACACCAAUCCUAAAGGCAGCUAUUAAAUGUUUACAGUUUCUAUAUUGUGAGAACGAUCUGGAUUAUUUUACUCUUCCCAGGCCAAACUUUCAUGAAUUGUACUGAACUGAAGUAUAUAUUUAUACUACAGUUUUUUUUGGGGGGUGGGGGGAUCUUGAUAUGCUUUUCAUUGAUUUGCUUAAUUCACGUUAAAGGUGAGAAAGGGUUGGUGCCUUGUAAAUAUGUAGCAAAUCUUUGUGGUGUGUCCUGAAGUGUGCAUUAACUUUAUUAAAAGGGAAUACUUGAGAUACCGAUCUAGACAAGGUGCCAAAUGCAAAAGUUUCUUGCAUCCGUUUUCUUUUUCUUACUCUGUUUUAUUGCAUUAGUAGAAUUUGUGAGCUUAAAGAAAAAUCCUCACCCACAAAUAGUAACUUCUUUGAAUAGUAGCUCAGCUACCUCUAUUAAUUACAACUACUGGAAACUAAAGAAAAUAGAUGCUGUUACUCAUUACUAAGGAGAAAUAGAACAAGCUUGGGUGGGUAAGAAUAUUCAUAAAUUAUAAGCUGAGAGGUUGUUAAUAAUCAUAUUGGCUUUCAAAUUAAUAGUUUUAACAAACGUUCCUAAGUAUUAUAUGCUCUACCUUAGACUUUCAUAAAAGAUAUUUGUAUAAGUAGACUUGGGCUACUGCUUAUAUAUCUCUGCCACCACAUACUGUUUAAUAGCCAUGAGUUGCAUACAGGUUUUAAUUUCAAUCUUAAAAUAUAACAGACCAUUCACCUUGAGUUGGAAUGUUUAGUUUAGGUAAUAUUUUGAAUUAAUUUUAGUAUGUUUUGCUCUUAUCAUUCCAAAGGGUUCUUGUAGUCUUUCAGAAAAGAGCCUCAUUGCACUGCACACUGAUACUUUGAAUCAUCAUUUUAUAGGUGAGAAAAAUCUGUUAAACCCUUAUGGUAUUGUUUACAGCAGUAGAGUGCACAUGGUUCCAUAAGUGAGCUUGAGUUUCAAGAUCAAUUUUACUCCUCAAAUUUGAGGUUACAGACUUUCUAAUUUGUUAAAUACUUAAAUUUUUGAAGUAAGAGGGAUAAUAUUGAUCUUUUUUGUAAUAGGAAAUUUGCUGAACUUAGAUCAGGCUUGUGUGAUAAUACAGACUUCUUAAUGUAUACUAAGUUAUCCCAGGAUAUUUGUUAAUGUGUUUGUCUCAUAUUUUCAAUCAUUUUAUUCAUCUGAAAAACCUUUAAGUGCAGAGGAAGGAGUACACACAUAACUUUGCUUUUUUGAUAGGGUUUGGGGUCGGGGUUAUUCUUAGACUAACAUCUUCAAGCAAUUUUUACUUGCAGUAGAAAUGAUGUUCAGGCUUUAAGAAAGUAUUGUUGAGAAUUGUUAAUGGCACUAAGUUCUGUUACUAGAUAGUACACCAAGAUGGUAUUUUCUGUUGUACUCUUUUUUUUUUCGUUAAACCAAAACUACUCAACUGCCAUUUUUAACCAUACUAUAGAUUCUAUGCCUAUUUGAAACUCUAUAUUAAAUUUGUGCUAAAAUAUACCAUUUCACUUAUUCAUUUCUUGAGCAUUUAGACUAAAUGUUGCCUGUUUUCCUCAAAUCAGUAACACUUUGGCCUACCCUAAUCAAAGUGACAUAGUUGCUUCAAUUCCUAGGUAUAUCUAUAUGUGUUUUGUGUAUCAUUUUAGUGUGACAUUUUUUGAUGACAUUCUUCUAUGAAGAGCUGACCUCUUAAAAUGUAGAAGAAUUGCCAUUUGUGUGGUUUUUAGCUACCUGGAGCUUUAUUUAUAAUUUAUUUU